AUGUUUACCUGUUUCUGGUGUUCCUCAUUUCGACGACGACAAAUUUGUUGUAUUAUUUUCUUCUUCUAUUCCUCCCUGUUCUUCCUGCCAUUGUCUGAAUCAGUGUACUUCGAGUUCACUAGUUUUCGUGUGGGCGACACUCGUAUAGUAUAUUCAGGUGCUACCAAACCCUCUGGUGGAGCCAUUGAAUUCAACGAAGUCAAUAUUUUCAAUCGUGUUGGCCAUGCCAAUUACGCAGAUGCAGUCCAGAUAUGGGACAGCAAAUCUAACAAGCUCACAGAUUUCUCCACUCAUUUCACUUUCAUCAUCACGACGCAACCUUUAGAAGACCCUGGCCAUGGCUUAGCUUUCUUUCUUGCUCCGGUUGGCUUCCAAAUCCCACCGAACUCAGAUUCUGGCAAUUUAGGCUUGUUCAACACAAGUUACAAUAAAUUGUCCCAAAACAAAAUAAUUUAUGUUGAGUUUGAUUCUAAGAAUAACACCUGGGAUCCUCCAUUUCAACACGUGGGUAUCAACACGAACUGGCUUGAAUCUGAUAAUUCAACCGCUUGGAAUGCUACUUUGCACAGCGGGGAUCCUGCUGUUGUUUGGGUUUCUUACAAUGCUAACACCCAGAUGCUGAACGUGUCUUGGCGAUAUAGGGCUGAUAAUACUUCGGGAGAGAAUACCAGUCUUUUAUAUCGAGUUGACCUAAGGAAAGUUCUUCCCGAGUGGGUCACAGUUGGAUUUUCAGCUUCCACUGGUAGAGCUCGUGAGCGACAUAUCCUUCAAUACUGGAAGUUCAAUUCAAGCUUAAAUAUAGUUCAUAAAGUUGAAGAUACGUCAAAGAAAAGGAAACUAGCAGUGGGCUUAACGGUCCCUCUGGGUGUUCUAGCUGUAGGAGUCGUAAUCACAUGGGCUUUAUUUUGGUGUAAAGAAGAUAAGCAUAGUCAAAAGUCACUAGAGUCAGUUGCGUUGACAUCGACAAACCAUGAUCUUGAAAGGGGAGCAGGACCAAAGCGAUUUUCUUAUGCGGAUCUUAUGUUAGCUACCAACAACUUCUCUGCUGAUCAGAAGUUGGGAGAAGGAGGAUUCGGGUGUGUCUACAAGGGGUACUUAUCCCGUGAACGCAUGCAAGUUGCUGUCAAGAAAAUUUCACAGGGUUCAAAACAGGGAAAGAAAGAGUACCUAGCCGAAGUGAAGAUCAUUAGCAGGUUAAGACACCGAAACUUGGUGCAACUCAUUGGUUGGUGCCAUGAUCAAACACAAUUCUCUCUUGUCUACGAGUUUUUGUCAAACGGGAGCCUCGAUUCUCAUCUUUUCUACAAAAAGAGUACCCUUGAGUGGGAUGUAAGGUACAAGAUCGCAACAGGUAUAGCUUCUGCGUUGUUCUACCUCCAUGAAGAAUGUGAACAUUGUGUUGUGCAUCGAGAUGUGAAAACGAGCAACAUUAUGCUUGAUUCAGAAUUUAAUGUGAAACUUGGAGACUUCGGAUUGGCUCGACUCAUCGACCCUGAACAUGGUGUAAAAACAACUGCAUUAGCUGGAACACUCGGUUACAUGUGCCCUGAGUACUUAACAACAGGGAAGGCAAGUAAAGAGUCGGAUAUCUAUAGCUUUGGGGUGGUUGCAUUAGAGAUUGUUUGUGGGCGAAAGGCAACGGAUAGAGUUGAUCCAAAUUCGGAUCUUGGGUUGGUUAAGUGGGUUUGGGGCUUACACGAGAAAGGUAAGCUGCUUUCUGGUGUCGAUCAGAUCCUGAACAAUGAAUUUGAUGUUACACAGGUCGAGCGUUUGAUGAAGGUGGGAUUAUGGUGUGCGCAUCCUGAACAGAAUAUGCGGCCAUCCAUACGGCAAGCAAUACAUGUGCUCAUGUUCGACGGUGCAAUCCCACAACUUCCAUUAAGGAUGCCAAUACCCAUGUACAACACAGCCACAUAUCCCCUUGAAGUCGGUUCUUUUGGGGCUACGAUGGCUAACAGUACUAGCUAG